GUUCCACCUGACUCAGUGUCAGUUUGUUGGUUUUCUGAACAAAUGAAGCUCGAAGACCAAGAGUGACAAUGAUCCUGCCCAGGUGGUUUCUGGGGGUCUGUUUGUGGCUGCUAAGUUUUGCAGGGGUUUGGACUGCUACCUUCAAGUUGGCUCUGAUUGGUCCCUGGUCCUGUGAUCCGAUGUUCUCCAUGGCGAUGCCAAGUGCAGCAGCCAACUUGGCACUGACAAGGUUACGGAGUGACAGCAGUCUGAGCAGAGGUUAUUGGUAUGAUGUCAAACUACUGGAUGAGGACUGUUCCACUUCCAAAGCUUUAGCAGAACUUGGAGACAUGGAUGGUUACGGUCACAUCUACGUUGGACUCUUUAAUCCCUCGCUUUGUCAUGCUGCUUCUUUAUUGGCUCAACACUGGGAGGUGGGGCUUGCGUCACCCGGCUGCCUGGAUGCCGACUGGCCAAACCUCUCGCCCAUCACGCCACCAAGCAGAGUCCUGUUCAGUGUUCUCAGGUUCUUUCACUGGGCACAUGUAGGCGUCAUUUCAGCCCCGGCCGACAUUUGGAGGGGCACCGGACAAGAAGUGGCCUCUGCACUCAGAGCUCUUGGCUUACCUGUUGGUCCGGUUCUUACCAUGGAAACCAAGAACCAAGACGGACCUCAGCAAGCACUCGAGGCAAUCAGACAGGCAGACAAGGUCAAAGUGGUGAUAUUGUGCAUGACCUCUGUUCUUAUUGGCGGGGAGGAUCAGAGAAAGCUCCUUUUAGCAGCUCUGGACAUGGGGAUGGUCUCAGAUGGUUACAUCUUUAUUCCAUACGACGCCCUGCUCUAUGCUCUGCCCUACCAGGACAUAGUGUUUCCCCAGCUGACCAAUAGCACCCAACUUCGCCAUGCCUACAGCUCCGUUAUGACCGUCACCAUGGCGUCUGAUCAGAAUUUCUAUCAAGCUUUUCGUCACGCUCAAAUGAACCGAGAGAUCCGAUCUGCGGUGGCAGCGACACAGGUGUCUCCGCUCUUUGGGACCAUCUUUAACAUGGUUUACUACGUUGCCAAAGCUGUAGAGGAGCGCCGUGAGGCAGGCGGAGGAGGCUGGGUGACAGGUGAUCAAUUGGUCCAAUCAGAUGGAGGCUUUAGCUUCCAGGGAUUUAACCAGGUGUUGCAUGGCGGUAAAGAAGGCAGUGGUUUACAGGCCAGAUAUGUGGUGCUGGACUGUGAUGGGGAUCAACUGGUGCCGACACACACGCUCGCCCCAAUGCACACUGCAGACGGGUCUAUCCGCAGCCUGAAACCGCUGAGUCAUUCGUUCGUCUUCCCGGGAGGAAAACCCCAGAGUUCCAGUUCCUGUUGGUUCAAUCCUGAUAAGCCUUGCAGAGACACAGAUGGAGUGAUGGGCUUCUUUGAUUGCAUGCUGAUCUGCCUUCCGAUUGGAGCCAUAUUCUUUUGGAUCAGGAAAAACAGGACAGUGGUGAACAACACAAAACUCAUUCUGACGUUGGAUGACAUCGUCUUCAUUGACGCUCAAGUCAGCAAAAAGAAACUGAAUGACGAGUCAAUCAUGAGGAGUCUUCUUGAAAUCAAAACUCCAUUCCGCUCGAUCGCCAGAAGCUACAUACUGACCACACCCGAGAGUUCAAAUAUUGGAAUAAUGGAGGGUGACUGGGUUUGGCUAAAGAAGAUCCCAGGAGGAAAUACAACCGCCAGUCAAAACACGCAGAAGCUCUUCAGCAAGUUAAGAGAAAUGCGACAUGAAAAUUUGAACCUUUACUUGGGAUUGUUUGUGGACUCGGGAAUCUUUGCUCUGGUGGUUGAACACUGUCCUCGGGGCAGCCUGGCAGACCUUCUAUCUGAUAGCGAAAUGCGGUUAGACUGGAUGUUCAAGUCGUCGCUACUGAUGGACCUCAUCAAGGGGAUGAAAUAUCUCCAUUUACGACGUUUAAGUCAUGGGCGACUGAAGUCCACAAACUGUCUGGUUGAUGGACGUUUUGUUCUGAAGAUCUCUGAUUACGGACUACACAUGAUCCUUCAUUCAGAGGGACUUAACAUGGUUGUGGACCCACAAGGUGAAAAAAAUAAAUUUGAAAGUGGACUUUUAGACUUUGGUUGUGUAAAUGUGCAUUAUGUCACUUCUUGUCCGCCAGAGCUGCUGUGGACGUCUCCAGAGCUUUUGAGGUGUCCAGUCAGAGGAGGCUCUAUGGCUGGAGACGUGUUUAGUUUCUCCAUCAUCAUACAGGAAGUUAUAUCACGGACGCCACCCUAUGCCAUGAUGGACAUGCCCGCUGCUGAGAUCCUGGAGAGGUUGAAGGAGCCGCCCCCUCUUUGCCGGCCAAUCAUUCCGAUAGAUGAAGCUCCAGCCGACUGUCUCAAUCUGAUGAACGAAUGUUGGAAUGAAGAUCCCGCCAAGAGGCCGUGCUUUGAUGAAAUCUUCAAACAGUUUCGAGGCAUCAACAGAGGGAGGAAAGCAAACAUUAUUGACUCCAUGCUGCGAAUGUUGGAGCAAUAUAGUUCAAACCUGGAAGAUCUGAUCCGUGAAAGAACUGAUGAGCUAGAGGUGGAGAGAAGCAAGACGGAUAAGCUCAUAGGACAGCUGCUGCCAAAGUCAGUGGCUCAGGCUCUGAAGAAAGGGAGGCCAGUUCGACCAGAACAUUACUCGGAUUGUACUCUUUACUUCAGCGACAUCGUUGGAUUCACAACCAUCUCAGCUCUAAGCGAACCCAUUGAGGUAGUGGACCUGCUGAAUGACCUUUAUACCAUGUUUGAUGCCAUCAUUGCUUCUCAUGACGUCUACAAGGUUGAAACGAUUGGCGAUGCUUACAUGGUGGCGUCCGGCAUUCCCAACAGGAACGGAAAUCGACACGCAGCUGAAGUGUCUAACAUGUCGCUCGAUAUCCUGCACUCCAUUGCAGCGUUCAAGAUCAAACACAUGCCGGAAAUUAAAGUGAAGAUACGAAUUGGACUUCACUCGGGUCCAGUUGUGGCAGGUGUGGUGGGUCUCACGAUGCCCAGGUACUGUCUGUUUGGAGACACUGUAACCACAGCUUCUCAUAUGGAAGCCAGCGGACUUCCCUACAGAAUCCACAUCAGUCUGAGUACGAUGAAGGUCCUGACAAGUCUCAAACUGGGUUACCACAUAGAGACCAGAAAAGCUACGGUGAAAGGUUUAGAGGACACCUACUGGCUGAUGGGACGAGACGACUUCAAUAAAGUUCUCCCUGUCCCUCCAGACCUCAUGGGCGGGGCCAGUAACCAUGGUAUCAGCCUUGAUGAAAUCCCAGUUGAAAGAAGGCAGAAGUUUCUGGACCGACAGCAGAAAAAUAAGAAAUAGAUGUUGCCAAUGGACACCCACACAUGCACACUACCUCUAAGUUUAUGAUGUGAAUAUGUUGAUGAAGAUGUUUGUGCCUCUUGUGGUCCUCUAAAUAGUGACUUUUGUUGCAUCUUUAAAUUAUAUUUUUCAGUGCAUUAUGUUUAUAGCUUGUCUACAGUAAAGGUUUUUUAAGGUGGAUCACAGUCAAUCCAUUGCAGGAUGCUGUAUGUACAGUAUUUCAAAAUAAUUUUCUCACUGGAAAUAUUGGAGAUAGAAAUAAUUGUUCAUCAUGAAACCUAAAAGUAAGUGAAUAAUCGUAAUAUUCUUAAUGGUCAUACAAGAAUAAAAAUAUGUUAAACAUGGUUAAAAUUCUGGUGUGAAAAGUUUGGAACUUUAGUGAUAAAGUGAUGUAUAGUGGCAUCUGAAUUUUCUUAAAUGUCACAAGUGUGAAAAGAAUUUAACUGUAGAAUGUAAACACAAUAAAACGCUGACUUUCUCAUCUUUGUUGGUGGUGGUCCUCUUGUCCUGUUCCCGGGCAUACCUCAAUAUUUGAAUAUGAAAAUAGUUUGCUGAAAUAAAGGAAAAGCACAUUCCAGACAUCAUGUGCUUAUAAUCUUUUAAAUCGAUUAAAUAUGAGCAGACAUUGUACUUUAGGUUUAGCACGUUAUUAAUAAGGAUACGGGUUUAGCCCAGUGGUUCUUAACCUGGGUUUGAUCGAACCCUAGGGUGA